AUGGCCUGGGACCACGGUUGCAAUUCCAUCACCGCCAGAACCACACUCCAUUCUGACGUCAGGCCUGGUAUUUCGCCUAUUGCGGGUGUUGUAUUAAUCAUGCUGGACCCAAGGACGCGUAAAAUCAAGGAAGUGUAUGAGGAGUUCAACAAUGUGGAAUUUGUCAGGGGAACUUGUGAGCAUAUGCUCAUUACACCGAAAACCAACAGUGCACCUUCAUGUCUCCAGCUUAAAAACGGAGGUAUCCUCCAACGGCGGCUAUCGUCCAAUGACGCGCAUAGGAAAUUUAUAGACGCAGGCCGCAGGCUCCACGCGCUAGCUAAGUUAGCUAAGGUAGUCAAUUACCAUUGCAAUUCCAACCACCAUCUCACCCACCUCAACCAAACCGGGCACUGCGGCACGGAAAACCACAUACCAGCUGGAGCACACCCAAGCCAUUCACAAGAUGCAUGCUGGCCUCCAAAACAGCCCGAAACACACCUACUCGCACCUCGCACCUUGAUGUCCCAGCACUCGACCAGCUCCGCCGAGGUUGAGGUUCUAGUACACAUAUCCGCCCCCGGCACCGUACGAGACGACGCAACAUACCGCUCCCACGCCUCAGCAUGUCUAUCCUUCGAGCCCGUGACGAGAAUACCUCUUACCUCACAGGCAGACACCACUGCUCCUUCAUCCUCAGUUAGAGACGAAGGAGAAACGACCUUUGGAUCGUUCACUAGUUCCUGGCCAUGUACGGCGGAGGAAAUCCAGCAUCAGGCCGAGCAACUGGCUGAAAGCGAUGAGACGAGUACGCCGCCCAGCACUGUUCCUGAGUCAACGUGUGCUUCGCCGGGUUUCUCGGAUGAAGGGCAGGAAGACGCCGAGUCGGAUCGGACAGAUACGCCUACUUUCACUGCCACACCGCCGAUGACGUGGAGCGGUGUUGAGCGUAAUCAGAGUCCCGACGCAUCGCCUAUAAAGCCGAUAUAUAUCUCUAUAUCCUCUGAAACCACCUCGUCGCAGCUACAGUCGCAAUCCCAGCUUUCGACGCAGGAAGCGUCACAGCCUAGCCUGAGUCAGGACCAGGAGAUACAGUGGCAGGAACAGCUACGGUUUCCGAUGGAGAUACAUCCGCCGCACCCAACGCCGUCGAGUACAGCGCGGUUCAAGACGCAUCUCACGCCUGCGUUGCGAAUGCUGGUGGGACAUGCUAAGUUAUCUACGCGCUAUGCACCGGGGUAUCAAGCUAGAGCGCUACGGGUGUGUGAGCGUGGAUACUGGUUUGUUCGUAUACCCCUUACCACUUCCGAUGCAGUAUCUACCGCCGGUACUGGAGUUGGUAAUAGUAAUGGUAUGGGAGGCCGUGGUGGGUGGAGUGUUGAGCGGUUUAUGCAGUUCUGGGAGUACUUGGAUGAGUAUGUUGGUUCGGGACGGGCUGGGUGGGGGGUAUGGUGCGUUGCUGAUAUGGAGGGGGAUGAAGCUGUUGAGGUACGUGUGUGUACGUGGGGAGAGGUGGUGGGCGCAAUGUACCUUGUUUUAUACAUGGCUAGUGAUAGGGCCAUUGCGUCUUUGGAAGGGGUAGAAUGGCGCGAUGCAAGUGAGAAGGCUGUUAUUCGGAUGUGA